AUGUUCUAUUAUAUUUCGUUUCUGAGACCUCCUCCGACGGCGACUGUGCUCGGCGCUCCUGUUGCAUUCACCCCGCAAGUAUCGAACGAUCUCCGGACCGAGAACUUCCCAGGAUCUGUCGAUAUAUUCUAUCAUUGGAUAGACUCCACCACCGGCUCGCAAUUAUCCUCCGCCGUCAAGCUCACUACCUGGCGUGAAGCGAAUGCAUAUAAAGAACUUACUGUUGCGCCGCCGCCGCUGAGAAAGCCGGGACAGGCUACUCUGGUCCUCACGUCGAGCCAGGCGUCAGGCGCUCGGGAAAUUGACCUGAGGUCCCUGAAAUACGGAAAGGAGCCGCUGCCCGUAUACUCAACGCCCAUCGUAUUCGGAGCGCGGUCAGCAGGAAAGGCUCGUAAACAAGAGGCAGUGGAAAGGCGAUUCCGCUUGUUCGACUCGGACGAUGGCGGCAGCCUUCAAGUGCGGGAGAUGACGAGUUUCGAUUUGGACAAGAAACUCUGGGACAGUGGGGUCGGGCUGUCUGGCUGGCUUGUACGACUGUCAGCUGAACCAACAUCCAACCUGCACUUGAAGGAGGCCCUCUGGGAUGCUGUUGCUACAGAGACAGAGCUUCGCGUCGUGGAGCUUGGUGCGGGUACAGGCGUGGUAUCUCUGGUGCUUGCGGCGGUGCGGAACACUCUGUAUCCGAAUGCGCCAACAAAGAUCUUAUCCACCGACUUGCCGUCGUCCAUUGAACUCAUGGACUACAAUGUGUCGGGCAAUGCCUCGCUAUAUCCCAUUCACCCACCCCACCCUAUCGUUCUGGACUGGGACGACGACGGUAUACCCCGAGAAGUAGCUGAUAUGGAAUGCAUCGACAUCAUCAUGGCUGCCGAUAUCACCUACAAUACAGCGUCGUACCCCUCUCUCGUCGGGACGCUAAGCCGUUUGCUGGCCCAUAGUCCAGAGGCGAUCUUUCUCCUUGCGUACAAGCAGCGUGAUCUCACCGAGAGGGAGCUAUGGAGCAUGGUCAGCGAGCAUGUGUCAAUUACGCUUCAGAAGGUGGACGAUGUGGUGGGAGCCGGCGGUCAAGCCGUAGAGAUCUGGAUUGGGAAGCGCGCAUCUCAAAAUGCACACCCUGCCCUGCAAUCAUGA